CAGCCUGCAGCGGAUCCGGCUCGCCCUGGCUGGUUGCUCGUCGGCGUUUUUUCCUCGUCUUCUCCGGUGAGCUCUACGGCGGCGCCGUCGAGGGGAUGGACGGCCAGCCUAAUUGGAGAGCGGGGACGGCGGCCUCGAGGCUGUCGUACAAGAACGUCACCAUCGCCGUGUGCGCCUUUAACCUCCUCGUUGCUGCCCUCCUCCUUCACAACUACUUCUCGUCUUGGACGCGCAUCGCAGGCGGCGACCAGUUCGAUUCUGCUCAGCUUCGGUAUAUAUGGGAAUCUGAAGAGUUGCGUCGGGCUAUGGAACCUGUGGAUUUGAUUAGAAGAGUGAAGGAAAUUGAGCAAGAAGCUUAUGGUGAGCAUGGCAUGGCAACACAAGAUCCUAAGCAAACUGCUGCUGUUGAUUUAUCAAAUAGGCUGAAAGAUUUGAGGGCGGGGAAUGAUGGCAGCAGCCAAAAAGCCCUUGAAGAAUGGCGUAAACGGAAGAUGGAGCGUGCAAGGCAACGAGCGAUAGAAAAGAAUGGGACAUCCAGUGUGAAAACACGAUGAGACGUGAGAAUUGUUGUUCAGCACAAGGGAUUUUUCUUUCGUGAGGUUUGGAGUUGCUGUGGUGUGCAUUCAAUUCAGUCUGUUGAGCCUAGGCACGAGAGAAGCUGUGGUGUCCGUCUCUCCGAUGUUUGUAAAUGUACUUGUAGCACUGUUGUUGUAGAAGUGGUUAUUUUCCAUGUUGUUGUGUUUAAGUAGCAUGUAUCAGUAUCAAUUUUAUUUGUAAAAAUUAAAAAAGGGCUACCUUUUCCCGUGCUCAUGUAUAAUUAUUAAAUAGAGAAAAUAUCAUUUUAUAGUUUUAUUAA